AUCUCUAGUACUCUUCCAUCAACGUGCUCUCUUUUCUCAAUAAAAAAAGAAAUUAUCAAUGCGCAAGAAAAACGAAAGCCAAAACAAGGGAAAACAAAGAAGCACUCGAUGGCCGAUCUGGAAGAACUGGAUAGCGAACGCCUGAACGAGCUAGAAUCGAUUCUCUACGCCUCGAUCCACUACAGCGAUGGAGGUGGCGAGCAAGGUGCUGCGGAUCAGCUGAUGCUGGAAAAACAGCCACCCAGCGACCAGGAUGCGGACGCCAGGAGCAUGCCACCGCCUUCGAUGCAGCAGCAGAGGAAGAACCCGCCAUCCGGUCAGCAGCCAUCCCAGCGUUUUGUCUCAGAAAUGCGGGUGAUCAACAACCAGGGACGGCAGAAGCCUCGCUACUGGACGGAGGAAACGGAGGGGCAGGUGAAGAGCCCAGAGGAGGAGCAACGGGUGAUACCAAACAAAACAAACCCAGCUUCUGAAGCUCCUCCCGCUGAGAAAAGCCCACCGUUUUCGCCGAAGAAGGGGACGACACCCAACCAACCUAAAACCCCAAAUCAAUCUCCAAGGCAGCUGCAGCAAAAUGCACAAGCAAAACAACCACAAAACCAACAGCAAAAUCAGAAGCAGCCACAAAGUCCGCAUCAAAAACAGCAUCAAAAACAGCAACAAAAACAGCAACAAAAUCAGCAACAAAAGCAGCAACAAAAACAGCAAUCUAAACAACAAAAUAAUCAAAAGCCAAAGCAGCAACCUCAAAACCAACAGACAAAACAGCAGCCACAACAGAAACCUUCGCCCCCUCGGUCGCCAGUAGUACAAAAGCCCAAAGGACAGCCAACCAACACAGCCACCAAAGCAAACCACGAAGCCUACGAGGAGGAACGCUUCGACCAGAGGCUCCUGGUGGCCAUCCCACCGAACUGCUCGCCCAAAAAGCAGAAUAAACCGCAGCAGCAGCAGGGCAAGCAACAGAAUAAGCAACAGCAGAACAAGCAGCAACAGCAACCUGGUCCUGGACCCUUUGGCAAGGCCAAUCGGAAGCUGGAGCAGAUGCAGCGUUUGGCGGCCAAGAAACAGAAAUCAAAGCAGGCUCAGGCCAACAAGAAGCAGCGCAGGCAGCUCAAUGCGGCACCCGUGGAGUUUGUGGAUCUGGCGGAGAGUGACGUCAGCAACUCCUCCGAUGAUGUGGUGCUUGUUCCCUUGCCGCCAGUGCCUGUCAUCGAUCUCGAUGCCAGCGACAACGAGCAGCCCAGCACCAGUUCAGCAGCAGUAGCAGCAGCCGCAGCAACCGCAACAGCAGCUGAGGUGUAUCACGAGGAGAAUGCCAUGGAUUCGGCGGAUGUAAGGAUGAGCUCGUCGUGCAUUUCUGAGCCGUUGGUUGUGGAAGCGGUGACCGGGAUCGUGACACCAUCCUUGCACUCGCCUUGCAGCUCCGUCAUGUCCAGCGAUGACUUCAUAGUUCAGAAGGACACCAGCCGCCUGCUGGCUGAACGAGAGAAGGCCCAUGACGACGACCUGCUGGUGCUCACCGAGAAUGCCAUAAGGGAGGCGGAGGCUGGUGCUGAGGCUGAUCAGGAGGAGCAGCAGGCACCUGUGGUGGAGGAGGAGGCGGCAGUCGAUCUGGAGACAACCCCUCAAUGCCAAGAUACCUCAUCGGAAUACGAAUUUAUUCCGCCCUCGCGCUUGGAUGAGAUCAAGCAGAACUAUCGCGUGGACGAUGAGCAGCAGUUCAGGGCCUUGGAUGUCUACGAGAGCGAAUCCGAUCUCACCGAGAGCGGCAUCUACUCGAAGGCCAAGCCCAAAGUAACGCCCACGAUUAUACGCAGCGUUGACUCGCCCUCCGACAGCUCCGCGUCCGUGGAGGAGGUUGUGGAGCCCAGCGUCCAAAAGACCAAACGUCUGCGCAAGCGCUCCUUUUCGGCCAAUAACCACAGCCAUUCGGAGUCGGCGAACAACGAGGACGGCGAGAAUGAUACGGACAGCGAUGACGGAGUCCAUUCCACCGGUGUGCCGGGCAUUGCCCGUGGCAUGGCCGUGGAGCGGUGCAAGCGCAAGAUACGCAGGAUCAGCACCAGGCGCAGUUCCGAGGAGAAUCCAAGGAAGGCGGCUCGAGCCAAAAAGCCAGUGCUCUCGGCCAGCCAGGAGGCCAGCUCGGAGUCCGCGGCGGAGGAUGAGCUGCCGAGUGCCCGGGAAAUUGCAGAGAGACUGCUCAAGCAGGAGCAGGGACUGGCCAGGGAGCAGCCAUCCAGUAGUGAAGCCCUCGAAACCUGUUCCAUUGGCUCUGAUGCGGACUCCCAGGGCGAGGCAGAGUUCCGGGACGCCACGACGGACCGCAUAGCUGCCGUGUUCGAGCGCAUGGAUUCCGCCUCCCAUGCCCAAGAGCAGGAUGCCAGCGGCUACAUUUCCGACGAGGAGGACUCUCGGGACAAAAUCGCAGACAGCACUGUGGAGGAGUCUAUGGAUACCUCCAACGAGCUUCAGGAAGCUGAUCCCGAGGAAAAUGAUGUGGAUGUGACCAUGGAAGAGCCACAGAUCCAGGUGGAACACAAUCUGCCAGGCAUUACGGACGACGAGAGUCUGCCGAGUGGCGGGCAACUCAUAGGCUGGAACGAGGAGAUGCGCCGCUUCUACGACGACAGUUGGCAUGGCGAGCACUUCUCCGUCCACAAGCUGCACAGGUCCAUGAGUGCGCAUCGGCAGGAGUGGAGGAUCAGCAAUGCGGAUCGAUUUCCGGUGAUGCGAGCUCGUUCCCAUGCAAAGUGCACCAACUGCGCCGAGAUGGGCCACGUGCGCUCCAAGUGCCCGCGUCCGCGCAAGCCGCUCAUCUGCUUCAUGUGCGGGGUCGUGGGACAUGCCGAGCCGCGCUGUCCCAAUGCCAUUUGUUUUGGGUGCGGAUCGAGGCAGGCCAUCUAUGUGCAGCAGUGCAACAAGUGCUCCUUCCACAGCCGCCUGGUGUGCCAGCUCUGCAAGAUGCGUGGCCACGGCACGGAUCAGUGCCCGGACAAGUGGCGUCGCUAUCACUCAACGACUCGAUCCAAUGUGGCACUGAAUAGCCGCGUGCAGUACACGGUGAAGCAAUGCAGCUUCUGUGCCGGACGUGGCCAUCUCUUCGAGAACUGUCGCCAGCGCAUUGGCGACUUUCGCAGCAACAACUACACGAGUCAGAUUGUGUCGCACCAGAAGAUCUACAGGGAUCGCAGUGGACCCCUGGGCGAUCUCGGUGAUCUGGGUAGCUUUUAUGCCCUAGAGACUCCCUUCCACUUCCAGUGGAGCAGCCCGCAAAUGCCCAAGAAUAGCUACUAUUCCAGGUUCCUUAUCAAAGUGAAUUUGGCCAGACCUCAGGCCACCAAACGGAAGUCCAGCUUAGCUCUGAUGGAGCUACCAUCAAAGGUAUACUUUGCCCAUGACUAUGUGCCCAACGAUCAGGCGAAGGCGGCUCGAGGUGAGGUCUCCGCCGCUGAGGAAUCACCAGACCAGCAAAGGGAAAACCCAGUUGUUGGUGAGGAGGAACCCGAUAGGGAAGCACCUGUGGACAAUGAGGCUGCACAAGAUGCUUCAUCAGUGGCUGCUGGCGAGGAUGAAGCCGCUUCCAUUCAACAGGAGGAGAUCACCAGCAAUUCUCAGACUCAGGAUACAGAGGCAACGAUGGCCGCCAAGCCACCGGUGGCUUCCCAUGAGCUGGACUCGGACUCAAACUACAGUUUCUCCGAGCACUUUGAGGUGCCCAGCUCGACGACUACCGAGGACAAAGGAGAGACUCUACCCUCCAAUCAUCCCUUGGCCAAUCUACCGGAUGUCAUUCCCCUGGGCGGAUCCCUCGACGACGAUUUCGAGGUGUCCUCCAACAGCCAGGGCAUCUCCAUGUGCGUGAACACCAGCAGCGGCAGCAACAGCAACAAGCAACAACGGGCUGACGAUCCUGAGGAGCUGCGAGAUAUUCCUUCCGAGGGAAAAAUCAUAAUGGCACGCGAUCAAUCCGAGUAUCUUUUCAGUCCCGAGGGACGUACCUUCCUGGCCGACACCGCCAAGCAGUGCCAGGUGAGCGUGCGCAUGGACUUCAAGGACUACGGCUACGUCCUCGUGAUAUAUGGGCUGAAGGAACACCAGGAGAACCUGCAGCUGAAGCUGUUGCGACGCCACCAGGAGGUGAAGCGUAAGACAAUCGAGUUCCAGAGCCAGAAGCCGCCCAAGAGAAUCGAUGUGCUGAUCCGCUUUCUGCGCGACGGAAUCAACAGUCUGGCCAGCAAUCUGGGCAACGCCAAGAGCCACUACCUGCGCAUCAAGGAGCUGGAGGAUAUGAACACGAAAAACGGCUACAAGAUGGCCGAGAAGAAGCGCCGCCAGCUGAACAUGAUUCUGGUGGGCCAGGCGGGCCUCCUCAAUGGCAACACCCACUUGGAUCAGUUGGUGGUCCUGUUGCGGCGUCUGGUGGACGAUUUCUCGCCGGAUGAGAACGCCACGCCCGAGCUCCGCAACGAGAUCGAGGAGCAUUGGCGCAUGAUAUUUACCGCGUAUCCGCAUCCGAACUACGACUCCCUGAUCAACAGCUAUUGUCGUCUGGAUCAGAAGAAUCGCCUGCCCUCGCUGCACUUGGAUCCCAUUCUGCUGGGAUUGCAGGCCAAGAAGACGCCACCUUCGCCGCCUAAGCGUGCUCCAUCGCCAACGGCGCCACCGCCGCCGGCCUGGCGUAUGGCCCCGCCACCGCCACCGACCAAGAUGCCAAAGAAGAAGCAGCGGCAGGCCAUGUUGCUGCAGCAGCAAACCCAGCAGCAGCAGCAGCUUCAAAAUAUGAUGAGGCAGCAACACGACCAGGAGCAGCAGCUUCAAAAUAUCAUCCAGCAGCAGCAGAAUAACCAGCAACAACAACAACGCCUGCAGCAGCAACAUCAGAGGCAGCAUCAGCAACAUCAUAGACAGCAGCAGCAACAUCAUCAGCAACAGCAGCAGCAGCAUCAAGUUAGACGCCCACAAUCCACACAUGUUAUGCCCUUCAAUAAUCCCCAGCAGCGGGCCCGCGCUGAUCUGCAGCUCCGCCAGACUCUCAAUCCGGAAUGCGUCCACCUGCUGGCCGAAAUGGAACGCAACGAGCGCGGUGGCAGCAUCAACAAAGACGCCAACAAACCGUCCAUGUUCUGGUCCCGCGAAUCGCUCAAGUACCUCGAUGACCUGUUCAAGAUGACCUCCAACUCGGACACCGUGGAGCGCCUCAACCGGGUGCUCCAGCGGUCGCAGCGUGGCCAGUUGUCGCACAACGACUACCGGGCCGUCAUCCGGCUGCACACGCUCCUGCGCAACUGAGCAACUAGGAUUUGGGGUUUUCUUGGGGGGGCAACACUUUCACUUUGUUUAACAAAUACCAACAGAUUUCACAUCAUUGGGUAUCUGAAAGAUAUUACCCAUUUACCGAAUAAAUAAAUUACUGACUA